AUGGUCUCAAUUGGAGUGUCCCUGGUACUCUUCUCUUUGAUUCCAUUGAUUUUAUGUACGAACGAAGGAUUUCUGAAGAUAAGCGAUACGGAGAAUGAAAAGAGACAACUAGAGUGUGGACACCUCUCAAAAUUCGUCGAAGGCACCAGUACCGUUCUCCAAAAACCCGUUGGAUCCUGGAUAUCACCUUAUCAUUUUAUCACUAGCAUCACCUCUGUAUCGAACAACAAGAAUUAUAACGACUUGGAGUGUGAAACCCGCGGACACAUGGUCACUAGCUUCUACGAGCCAAAAGCAAAAUUUGCUGCAAAAGUUGUAGGAAAGUGCAAUAAAGAGGGCGUGGUUUUGGUGGAUACUCAUGCGGAAUACGAUAAGCCACAUAAGAAAUUCUUCUGUCUGAAAGAAAAAACUCCAAAAACCGGAGAUCUCGUCGAUGUUGUUAAUGAUAAAGGAGUCGAAGAACCGGGAACAGUCGUCGAUUGCCCAGACCCGAAGAAGAAGUCAGUAUUUUGCGUGGCUACGAAGAAGGCAAACAAACAUGGGCACGUUUUCUCUGGAGAUAAAGAAAAUUAUUCACUGAUCGGGGUGACACUUGGACAUAUUGAAAGUAAGAUUCAGAACAUUUUUGAGAGAAACUCAAGAAAACCCUCCAAACGACUUCCCGUCCCACCACCAACACUACCACCGGUUGUCAAGAAAACAACAGUUCCCAUGACUAACACUACGGUAGCGACGGAAAUCACAACUUCUUCUGAAGACUCUUCAUCAACCAACACUCCUUCAACGAAGCCAGCAGAGAAAACGACAACGUCAGAAGAUGUUGCAGAAGUUACAACGACAGUUAUAGCAAAAAAAGAGGAACCAACGACUAAAACUGAAAACAAAACCGAUGCUGCCACUACAGAGAGCGCAGGAGAAUCCACAGAAGAUCCGAUUCAAGAUCCAACUACUCAGAAACCAAAAGAUCCAUCUACUAAGCCACCAGUUGUUCCAUCCACAUCGUCUGAAGCUCCAACUUCUGAGCCUGAGCCCGUUGCCACUAUUCCAGACACCCCUCAAUCUACAGCUUCCUCCCCGGGAUCCCAACCAACUUCACCACCUGCUAGCUCGGUGACAACUGCUUCAGCUCCUGUAGCCACUGACUCCAAACAACAUCCUCAUGCUGAAGCACUCACGGACUUUUCGGAUAUCGAUUGUGAAAAGGAGAACUUGUGUUUCGAUGAGGACAUUUUUGCAUCUGCAAGUGCUAAUGGAGGGAUUCUUUUGAUUAUUUGUGUUUCUGUGGUUUUUAUGGGAUUUUAA